AUGAUCAGAAGACUGUCUAGAAGAGCAAAUGCUCCACUGGUGUCAUACAAGGAAUCAAGUGAUUCAGAAGAUGAUGUUCAAGCUCUGGAACAUGAGGAGCAAACAAGAGUUGUUAAGAGAAAAGUGAAUCGUAAAUCGAGACAGCCAUCAAAAAAACAAAAGAAAUCAAAAAAAUCCAUGAAACAAUUAGAAGAUGAAUUGGAAGAAAAUCAUUUAUAUAAGGCUUUAGCAAAUACGGAGGUAAAUAUUCAGGAUGUGGCACUUGAUUGGGUUGAGGAAUUUGAAGAAGAUCUUGGACAGGACAAGCACGACUCCAUAACUAGUUUAAUUAAUUUAAUUUUACGAAGUUGUGGUUCAUUGCAUUUAUUUCAACCACAUGAUUUAAGCAACUUGGAGUCAAGUGCAGAUACUGUUGCCGAAAUUGCCAUUGCAUUUGGAGAGCAGUCAUUCCACAAAUUCCCGUUUAAAGCAUUACCAGUCUUCAAAAAGAAUGUGUUGCAACUUUUCGUGGCUAUAAUUGAAAUUGCUCAUGAAAAUGGGUUGCUAUACGUGUAUGAUAAUGAAGAUGAUGAAGAGUCUUUGGCUUCACCGUUAAUGUCUUAUUUUUUAACAUGGACAACAUCAUUGUCAACAAGUGCAAUAAGAUCUUUGAGAUACACUGCCAGUGAGAUUAUUUACUCUAUUCAAUCUCAUUUAUGUGUAAUUAUCAAAACUAUAGAAGGAAUCCUUGAAAGAUCUCAACGUCAAUUAAUUAAACUUAAGAAUUCAAACACCUCGAAAUAUGAAACCUUGACAAGUACAAUUGCCAGUUGUCAACUUCAAAAGAAUACCUGUUUGGAGUAUUUUAAUGACAUUGUUACUAUUGUGGUGGACAAAAGAUAUAGAGACGUUGAUCCACAAAUACGAUGCACAACGUUGAAGCAUUUAGGAGAAUCAAUUGUGGCAUAUCCGGAAUUUUUUUGUCAAGGUAUUUAUUUGCGAUACUUUGGUUGGUUAUUGUGUGAUCCAAUUGGACAGGUAAGAGUGGAGAAUAUCCGAGCUUUAGCUAGAAUAUACCGUUCCUUUUCAGUUAAUAAUUUACCCUUAGGUCUCCGUCAAUUUUCGGAAAAGUAUAAGUUGCAGCUCAUUAAAAUGAGUCUGAUUGAUAGUGAUUCGCAAGUGAGAAUGCAGUGCUUUGGAAUUUGUUGUGAAUUAUUGAAGCUUGGAUUUUUGGACGACGAUGAUACUAAGUUAGUUAUUGAAAACUAUCCGUUUAAAGACAAUGCAAAAGUUCAUGUUGAAGUGGCCAAGUUUAUUUUCAUCUUGAAUAAGGAGAGUUCUUCCAGUUUGCAUGAUCAGUAUAAAUUGUUCUUGGACACAUAUAAGCCAGAUCAACUUCAUGAUGAUUUGGUGAAUUGUUUGAGCAUAAAAAGCUUGAUACGAUUACUACUUCCACUAGCUGAGAAACCAGUUGAUAUUAUUUUCCAAUAUUUGAGUGAUCAUCAUGAAGAAAAUUGGGAGUUAUUAUUGAAGUACUUCUUAGUGGAUGUAUUUCUGAUCAAAUUCUUUAAAGGAGAAGAUGAAUCUCAUUCGGAUAAUGAAGAGAUUAAUGAGUUUAAACAGCAAAUUGAUUUAACAGAUGACGAAAAGGUUGUCCUUCUCAAGUUUAUUUUUGGUUAUGUUAAGUAUCUUUAUUCCAAAAAGUAUGAUGAUGAGGUAUCGGCCCAAUUGGUAAAGUUGGUUGAAUAUUUGCCACCAAUUCUGAAUGUUUGUGUCAAAUCUGCGAAGCUAUUCCCAGUGUUUUUACAACUUUUGACUGUUGUCACUGUUGAAAAGGAAUCCGUAUAUGGAUUAUUUGAAAAGUUAAAUAAAUUAGAAGAGUAUGAUGAAAUGACAUCUCAAAUUAUCAAAUAUUUCAAAGAAUUUGAUAUAUCAACAGAAUUUGGUCCGUUCUUUUCGGCAUUGUUUGGGUCACCUGGACUAACAUCUGCUGUCAAAUUUCAAGUACAAACAAUGCUAGAUGAAUUGGUGGAAGAAGUUAUGCAAAGUGUCGAUGGAAAUACUGAUGUUUUAGAUGUGGACCGUACUAAUGAUGAGUUGACUGAACAGAUUAGUCUUAUCAAGUUAAUCAAUAGCAUUGCCCCAGCAUUAAGAAAGUUGAGAGAAUUGGGUGACUUUGUAAACAUAGCCAAUUUGACUCAGGCUACGGAGUUAAUAACUACAUUGGUCAGCAAAGUAUUGAGAAAAUUUGAUUUGGCGUUGAUUAAAUCUCAAUGGAAACACAAUUUCUUGCAACAAAUGGGCAUGUUUUUGAAAUCUUUGACGAGUCUCUACGAUUUAGUAUUAGUCAUAGUUUCAUGGAAGUUUGAACGAUUAAUGGAAACAAGUAAAGAUGAUCAACAUCACACUGCUAUUGAUUUAGAAUUUGAUGGGAUUGUGGAUUUGAUAAAUCAAACCAUGAGGUUAGUUUAUGAAUGUUCUACCAAUGUUGAGUUUGUUGACUUAAAAACGAUCCUAAUCAUGAAAUAUAUUGACUUUAUGUUGUCAUUUAAAGUCUUUUAUGUGAAAUUUGAGGCUGAUAAUGAGUUUGAUAAUUUCCAACUGUAUUUCAAUACCAAUAUGCAAUUAUUGGUUAUAAAGCGUGAUAUGCAACUGCAGAUUUUGCAACUAUUCUUAGUCAAAGAAGUCAAGCUUGCAAGUUUGUUACAGGUAGAUCUCGACAGAGCUGAUGAGGAAGAUGUUAAUUUUGAUGACUAUACUGAGAACGAUAGAACUAUUGCUGAGUCAAGCAUGUUUGAUGAUGAGGAUCUGCAAACAACAAGAGGUUCUACAAACAGUGAUGAAAAUCUUAGAUUGGAGAAAAUAUGGUCGUUUGAAAAGGAUUUGUCUGUGUAUACAUUAAAAUUGUUGUCGUUGGUCAAUUUACUGUUGGUUCACGAAGAUGUUUAUUCUAGAGUGAGGAUGAAUAAAGAUAAAUUAGGAAGUGUGUUUGCUAAGAUUAUUGAACAACAAGAAAGUGUGCUGAAAGAGAAGGAUACUAGAGGUGAUGCACAACAAGAAGAUAUCAUUUCUGAAACCCAAAACGAAUUACUGGUUGUUGUUGAUGAAGAAACUACAAGUGCUAUAUCUCAGAAUUAG